CUCCGCCACCGCACACCGGCACCGGAGGCUCUUAACAAAUAUCAAUUCGCUAAACAAUCCGCUUGGAACACACUUAGUUCUUAGUUAUAAGGUUAUUUUGUGGUAUAUAUACGGUCUGGUUUUAUGGUAAGAUAACGAAUAUUUUCCGCUAAAAUACGGUUCGGAUGAAAUAUUUUCGGACAAUAUUCGGUUUUUGGAAGAUUAUUUUCUACUUAAAUAGAAUUCGGAUAAUAUACUUUCGACUAAUUUAGUUUUUGGUUGAAAUAUUUUCGACCAUCUUAAUUUUCGUAUUUAUUACUUUUCGGAUGAAAUAUGUUUUUAUUGAAAUAUUUUUCGGAUAAAAUAUUUUCGGACAUAUGGCCCCAAUUAAAAUGGUAAGAUAUAGCAAAGAGAAAGUCCUAUGCAUAGUUAUUGCCUUAUUGGAAAUAAUUGUUUUUUAAUCUACCACCGAGGCGCUGAAUGCUGAUAGUCGCGGUAGCUCACAAGUAGUCAGAAUAUUGCAUUCAAUGAGUGGUUUUUGUCGUACCGGACGGUCCAUGCCAACUGCUAAAUAGCGUACCUAACUAUAAAUCCUUUUGACGCUCGGACGCAUUCGUAUAAUUCGUAAUUCGUCCACGUACGCAAAAUUCACCUGACAAUAUGCGAACCAAAUGCACCUGGACCGGCAUAAGGCUAAUUGCGAAACAUUUCCAUUCCUCCGCCAACAGGUAAUUUAUCGUUUUUGCAAUGUGAAAAUUAAAACAAAUCUGAUCGAUAGUUCAGGAUGAGACAAAUCCUUGUUGGUUUUUAACAUUGAACUAAGAAAAAAUCAUACAUAAUAUUACUCAAUAUAAUACCAAAGUCUUUUAGAUCCUUUAAGUCCUUAAGCCUAUAAGAAAGUUUAAUUUAAAUUAUAAGCCAUACAUGUUGAUAUUUUAUAAAAAUCAUGGUAUGAUUAAAAAUCAGUUAAAAAUAGUUUUUGUGUUUUAAACAUAGGUAAUGCAAUCCAUUAUUUUUCUAUUAUUGUAAAUUUGGAUAAUAAUAUUAUUGUAACGAGUAAACAAUUCUGAGUGAAGUUUUAAAUUCAAAUUUGAACGCUCCCAUUUUUAUCCCAUUAGAUGGUUUAAAAUUGUAGUAAUUUUCACAGAUAUUUAGUGUCAUACAUAGGAUUUCACUUCAUAUAGUGGCUAUAAGAUCAGAAACAAAAAAAUUCCUCUAUUCAGUUAUAUUAUCUCAACAUAGGUAUUAUACCUACUUCAUAGUUUCAAUCAAUACCGAAAUUAAUUCUUACUUAUCGUUGUACCAAUGAUAAUUUCGGUGGUGGAGUAAACAUACAAAGCUUAUUUAUCUAUAAAUAUGCCAAUUUAAAAAUAAAUAAUAUAAAUUGAUUUUUGAGUUUAAUGUAAAAAUUAGAUGUUUUUUAUGAUUUUGUAUGAUACUUUUUUGUUUUUCAAAAAACACUACCUACUACUACCUACAGUACCUACUCAAUAAGAUUUUUUCUUAAUUCAAUGCACAAAAUCUAAAAAUUUUAUUAAAGUUCUUACGAUUGAAUUAGAUUAAUAUGUUCUUAAUUUCUAAUUUAAAGUACUCUCAAAAGAAAAUAUAGAUAGAUAUAAUUGUUCUAGUAGGGUAGAUUAGGUCUUUAGAUAGGUUUAUAAUUUUGAAUUUUAAGAUAAUUUACAAUGUUUUCACUACCUACCACUGCUAAAAAUAAUAAUCAAUUCACCAAUUUGUUUAUGAAAAAUUAUUUCGUUAAUGAUUUUUGUAAACUUCUUAUUAACUUUUUGUAGAAACUUAAUGAUUCAUCAUUAGUAAAUAUUUGUAAUACUAAAAUUCUGUUUUAGAAUAAUUUAUAAAACGGUUAUAUUGGAUUUUGUAUAAAUAAUUUUUUAUUUUUAGUUUUAAUAAAAUAUACGGUAAAAAUUGAAAAUUAAAAAUAUUAAACAGAAAAAAGAUAUUUCAUUUUUUGAAUCUUUGAGAGUCAUCUUUUAUAACUAUUGAAAAUGGUUUAUCAUUAUAGAUAGAUAAACCAUUUUUGACGAUUCACAGUAUUAUGAAUGUAUCCUUUUAAAUGACUUUUAAUUUUUUUAAUCAUAAUGAGAUUUUUAAUGAUCAAUUCCUAAAUUUCAUAUUAAUUAGUUUUUCAUUAUGCUAUGGUUUAAAUUGCAAGAUUAUUAAACCAGUAAAGAUAAUGGUAGGUAGGUUUAAUAAAUUAUAUCAAUGAGUCAUACUAAAUCAAUGCUAUUUGUGAGACAAAUAAGUAUCCGUUGUAUUUAUAAUAAUUUGAUAUUUCAUAUAAGUUGAUUAUUUUUGUCAUAUUUGACUGAUAAUAACUGUGUAGGUACAUCUUUAUCUUAUUCUUGUUACAAAAUAUAAGGAUAUUAUCUGAAUAUAAUAUGUUACAUACAUAUUUAAAUUGUACGUUAAUACGUUAAUCAUUAUCAACUAUUUAUUUUUGGGAAUAAAAGAUUACACUUUUUAAGGAUAGUAAAAACUGUCUCCUUACCUAGUGUUUCUCAACCUUGUUACUGCCGCGACCCCUAUAUGAAUAUUACAUUUUUUAGUGACUCCUAAAUAUAUAUUUUAUGCACGUAGACCCAAUAUUUUAUAUUUUCAGCAACUCUAAAUAAUUAUUUAUUUAUCCCAGAUCGAGAAAUACUGCUACCUAACCUAUCCUCUAGAUAAUUUUAAAGAGUUUUCAUUUUAUGAGAAAUUAAAAAAGAUAUGUAUUGUUUUUCAGCUUAAAAUUAAGUUGCAUAUAAUAUUCAAUCAUGUUAAGAUAAAUAUUUAUUUGUAGGUUAUAUUUUCGACAAAUUACAACAUCCGUUGAAUUUAAUAUAAAAUUAAAAUGCAUUUUUAAAAGAAUCAAAUCAAUAUUGAAAUAAUUUGUAUCGUUUAUUCCUAUGUUGAUUAAAUUAUUUUUUACUUUGGUUUUCAAUAUUAAAAUUAUAUUAUUGAAGUAAGUUUGUAAAAAGAUAAUAAAAUUGUACUGAAAUAAUAAUUAAUUCAGGUGGAUUAGAGGUAUAAUAAUAGUUUUUAAUGAGUAUCACUAACAGUUUAAUAUAUUUUGUCUACAUUUAAAGUUCACCUUACAAUGGACACACUAGUUUUUUUUUUAUCACAUUUAUUUUUAACUAAUUGCCACUAGUUAACAUUUUAAAUAUGCUGCAUUUAAAUACAUUAAUUACUUUCUAUUAAAAAUAUAUUAACUGUUUUUUGAAUUUUGAAUUUAAUCAUUUUAUUUUUUAUAAUACUUUUAAAUUCAAAACUCCAAGUAAUUUCUUUAUUGGAAAGUAUUUGUGUUGAUGAAUAUUUGAUUAUGUUCAUUGAAAAAAAAGAAAGUGUCUUAUAUUACAUAAAACAGCGUGAAGUUAUCUGUGUAUACUCGUUUGUUAAUUAUACAUGAUAUACCAACCAAUACUUUAUGAAUAGAUGUUUUAAUUAAAUUUAUUUUAUUGACAAUAAAUUAUAGGUUAAUGUAUAGUAGUUCAAAAUACAAUUAUUGUUGAUUAUAUAGGUAGUAUAUUAUAUAAUUUUUUUAUCCUUUUAGUAUUACUUAUUGAUAAUUUUUUACAUUAUAUGAGUGUUUUAAAAUUGAAUAGUAUAUGUUUUACUUAGAAUGAAAAAUAUUUUAAUUUUACACAAAUACUUAGCCAUGGUAAAGUAAAUGACCUCUACUGAUAAAAUGUGGAACUUAAUAAAUGACUUAUCUGGCAUUUAAAGUUUGUAAUUUGUGACCUACUGGUUACUUAUUAUUAACUAUAGUUUUUUUAAUCAUACAUUGAGAUAUAUAUCUGUAAUAUAUAUAUAUAUACACUUACAUUUAAUGUGGUUUAUUUGAUGAUAAAAAUAAUAGAUAAAUUGUGUAUUAAAUAUAAGAACCAAUCGUGACAGUACAGCUUAUAACAGAUUGUAUACUAAUAUUUAGAAUAUGAACUGUUUUUAAAUUAUUUAGAUGAUUUUGAUAAAAUGUGAAUUUUAUCUAACUAAAAAUUGAGAUAACAUUUUUAUUUUAUAAAUCGUACAUACCUAAAUAAAGGUGAUUUUUGGGGAAUAAACCAGUGUUUCAUUUAUGUGGAUACACUCAUUGUCUCGGAAUAUAUUAAAUUUUUUCUGAAUUUAUUUUGUAGAACAUUUAAAAAUCAAGCAGCUCUACAAUUUUAUAUUUAUGUUAUUUUUUAUCACCUUUAUUUUUGGGGCUAAAACCACUACUUACUUUUGAAUUUCAAAAGGCAAAUCAAUGUAGUCAUUCGCUUGCUGCACUCACUUCGACAAUUUUAAUCGAAAAAAACCCUCGAUUUGUUGUGCUAAACCAUGUCGAGUAAGUAAUAAGGAAAAUUAAAAAGCAUUAUAGGUAGAAUUUAGAGAUCCAUUGUGAUCUCUCAAGGGUUAUUUUCGAUUAAAAUUGUCCGAGUGAGCUCAGCGAGGAAAUUAAGUAAACCAUUUGUUUCCCAAAUUUAUAUAAUUCUUACCAUUUCUAACCUUCAGUCUUUUCACUGAUACAUUAACAAUAGCAGUUUUUAUUCGGCCGGCGUUUUUUCUUUGGCCGUAUCCUUUAGAUACAAAACAUUCAUUCUCCCCAACAAUUCUGAUUACUUUCCUCAAUUUUUCACCCAUCUAUUAUCAUCUUUUACAUUAUACAAGUUUUUCAAAUUUGAUAUUUAUUAUUAUUAUCUAUGGAAAAAAAAAUUACUAUUGAUCAUAGAUAAUAGACAUAAUAUUACUAUAUUUUAGAAAUCGUUUACAUUUUUUUGGAAUUUUUACUCUUCAAAUUUUUGUCCUGUGUCAGAUCUUUUAUGUGACAAAAAAAUUUCAAUGAGACUUGAAAGUAAGUUCUACAAAAUCUUGAAAAGACUGACUAUGUUGUACCUCUUAGAGAGAUGGGCGAUUGGCAGACAAAUAAAACAGAGAUUGAGUUUAGCAACCUAGUUUUAGAAAUAUUUUUAUCUCAGAUAUAUUAUGUGAAUAAAACACCUAGGUUACUAAUUAUACUUUUCCUGUAAACUACAAAUUAUAUAAUUUUGUGUUAAUACGCUGACUGUUAUUUUAUUUAGAUUGAAUGUAAAGAUAAUCGAUGGAAAAAGUAUUGCUCGUACUAUAUUAAGUGAACUACAUCUUGAGACCCAAGAAUGGGUUUUGAAAGGGCAUCGUGCUCCCCGUUUAGUAGCAGUGUUAGUUGGACAAGACCCGGCUAGUAAAAUCUAUGUGAAAAACAAAAUGAAAGCUGCAAAAGUUGUUGGUUGUUACACUAUUUCACAGUAGAUAAAAUACAAAUCUCAUACAUUAUUGUUUUUGUAUAUGUGUAUAUUUAAUUUAGGUAUUGAGACAGAAACAAUACAUUUUGAUGCAUCAACGAGUGAAAAUGAACUUCUUGCUUGUAUCAAACGUUUAAAUCAUGAUGAAAAUGUUGAUGGAAUUCUAGUUCAAGUACGUUUUUUUAUGACAUUUGGCUGAUAGCUAUUACCAGUGUGAAACCUGCACCAAUGGUUUCUAGUUUUUUCUACAUAGAGUGUAAUGAAUGCUUAAAAUAAUUCAGCUCAAUACCUGUAGUUCAAGUUAAAAUAUUUAUACUAGCUAUUAAUAUUAUAAAUUAAUAGACUAAAAAUUAAAAAAUAUAAACAAAACUAAUUAUAUUAACUAUUAUAUUGUAAAAGUGUGUAAUUGCGGUUAAGAGGCCUCUACACUUAUAAACACACUUUAUAAAGAAGAGUAUUUACUAUGCCUUGACUGAAUAAUUUUUUUAAAUAUUUUAUUUGAUAAUAAUUUAUUAAUGGUUAAAUUAAGAAAAAUUUAAUUUAAUUAAAAUACACAUUUUUGCAUGAUAAAAAUAAAAAUAUUGAAAAAAAAUUAUUCGGCCAAGGUAUAGCAAAUUAUUUUUUAUUCCUUUUAUAGUAAGUCUUUUUGUCCUAAACUGAACCAAUGAAUGAACGUGAUGUGUAUUUUCUGUUAUAUUACAUGUCAAAACAUACAGAGAAAACAAAUAGAGCCACCAUAUUAGAAUAGUGAUAUAUUGAAUGUUCCACAGUAUUUUCUGAAUAUUAAUAACUCCAUUAAUAUAAUAUAUUUUUCAAUCGGAUUUUCUGUUAGGGAAACAUAUAUUUAGAGAAAAAUUAAUUUUACUUUAACUCCUUAAUCACCAUAAAAUAAAAUUGUAUUUUUUAACUUUUUGAAAUGUUCAAAAUAGCCGAUUUGUAGUAGAUGAUACUCAACGUUUAAAUGUAUCAUAUAUACAUGACCAAAAAGUAAUAGUCUCAGUAAUAGCUUUUUUAUAAUUUAAAUUAUAAAUUUAUUCAAUUCACAGUAAAAUUAUAAACCAUGGUUUUAAUAUAGUGAUUGUUCCUUGUUGUGUAACGUAAUAGUAAUCUAUUUAAUAUAAUUUUUGUUACAUGAAAAUUUGAUAUAUCUUCUAGACAAAAAAAAAUGGUUAUUAACAGAGUAAUUAACAUUUAAACAUUCAUAAAAUACUGUGGGGCACUCUGUAAAGUAAUAUGUAAUUAAGUAAUUUAUACAUUUUCAAAAUUUAUGUAAUUUAGUUACCUCUUCCUAAACACAUUACUGAACGAACAAUGUGUAAUGCUGUUGCACCACACAAAGAUGUCGAUGGUUUCAACAUUGUUAAUAUUGGACGAUUUUGUUUAGACAUGCAAUGUUUAGGCCCAUGCACACCAUUGGGAGUUCAUGAGUUAAUUAGAAGGACAGGUAAAAUUUAAUAAUACAUUUCAAAAGUUUUAAAUUUGAUUGAUAUUAAACAAUUUGUUUUCAAGGAAUUCCUACUUUUGGUAAAAAUGCUGUUGUUUGUGGUAGAUCAAAAAAUGUUGGCAUGCCUAUUGCUAUGUUGCUUCACGCAGAUAAUGCAGGUAUAAUACAAAUUAUAACUUUUGUAAUUUUAUUAUUAAUGAGAAACUCAUUUCUAUAAUCAUAUUAAUAUGAUAGUCAAAUAUAAAUGUGUUUAAUGAAUAAAUAUAAAAAAAAAUAAAAUAUUUAAAAUGUACAAUAAUUAUUUAGGAAGUGCCACUAAUGGAUGGCAUCUUCCACCUUGAUAUUUCAAUGUUUUUAUUUUCUUACAGCACAUACUCAUUAAAUUUGAUAGGAUCCUUUUUCGGUGACUGUCAUACUAUAUGACACUAUAACUGUGAACUGAACCAACAUCGAUAUCAGUAUUUUCUUUGUAUUGAUAAAACAUUAUGUGAGUGUUAGUAAAGUAACCAUAAUAACCAUAAUCUAAAUUCUAAACUAUAAUAAAAGUAUACAAAUACAAAAUGGUAUCCAAUAUUUUUCAACACCCAUUAGACACUGCUACUGCCGAUUCAAAUUUAAUUACAAUACAUUUAAAUGGACUUAUUUUGUACUUAUUAGGAUAAAUAAAUUUAAAGCAAGCUGUAGAAUAUCAGCAAAUCUGCACCUAUACGUGUUGUAAUUAAUUAAUAAUAUGUUAUAUUAAGGUGAAACAUCAGCAAUGGAUGCAACUACAACAAUAUGUCAUCGAUAUACACCACCAGAUCAACUUGCUAUAUUCACAAAAACUGCUGAUAUUAUUGUGUCUGCAGCAGGUACUAAAUGAAUAUUUAUAAUUAUUACAGAUAUUGUUAUAUUCCAAAAUAAACUACUAUAUUGUGUGUUUAUUAGGGGUUCCAAAUUUAAUUCGGGCAGAUAUGAUUAAACCAGGAGCUGCCAUCAUUGACGUAGGAAUAACCAGAGUAGUUGACCACCAAACAUCUAAAUCAUGUCUCGUUGGAGAUGUUGAUUUCAAGAGUGUAAGCGAAGUCGCGGGAUACAUAACACCUGUACCGGGAGGAGUUGGUCCAAUGACAGUUGCUAUGUUAAUGAAAAAUACUAUCAUUGCAGCUAAGAAAUCUGUGAUUUACAACAUACUUGACCCUGGUGCUGUUAUAUAUAAACAAGCAUCACAAAUAAAGCCAUAAAAAUGAAAGGCAAACUAAAAAACACCUACCUCAAAUAGUAUCACAUUUUGUGUAAACAUAUUAGUAUACAAAAACAAUUAAUAUAUUACAUGAAUACAUAAUAUUGACAAGAUGAUUGUGUUGUUAGUACAGUUUUGAACCAUAAUUAUAGAAAAAAUUUACCUGCAAAUUGUUAUCAUAGACAUGUAGUUAUAAUUUAAAAUUAUUGACAAAAAACAAAAUAAUAAUUAAUAAUAUAAACCAAUAUAAUGUAUGUAUAAUAAAUUCUCCACUGAAUUCUAAAAUAACACAACUAAUAUUAUUUACCAUAAUUAGGUAACUAUAGUUAAACAAUUUUAUUUUAUUUGGAAGAAAGUUAGAUUAAUGUAUAGUUAUCUGACUUAAGUAAUUUAAAUAACAAAAUAAAUCAUUUAUCUAAGCUUUGUAUGAUAUACUGAUUUCUACCACAUACAGAGGUCUAAAGGCUCCCAUACACAUCAAACAAAUUUACGCAAC